AAUAGGACGCUUGUAUUUUUAAUUUUUCUGCAGUAUUACUACUUUGUAGUUCUAGGUUCGGAAUAUUGCAGCUUUGUAUUUCCUGCACUGACCCAGGAUCUUAUUAGUUCAUCUGUGCUUUAGUUUUAGUUUUGCCACAGAUAGUAACUGUGUUGUGGUACUUCUGUUAGCUGCAAUUAUACCCACACUGCAAUUUAUUCCCGUAUGUGUGAAAAUCCUGAACGAGCAAGUACCAACGUUUACCAUCUUACCUCGUAACUGCAAACUCCCCUCACCGGUACGGCGUGGUCGUUUAUUAUGGUGGCCUGGCCCCAGAUUCAGCAAUGUUCUGUUAAAUAAAUAGAUGCGAUCUUAAUAAUAAUGUUUGUGAUAUCGUACUGUGAUCCCACUUUAAACAAACACCGAUGAUCACAUCAUUGAAGGGAAACGCACAAUGGAUAACGUUGUAUUAUCGCGAAUCCGCAAAGCUCCGCUUAUCCCUAAGCCAUACGGGCGUUUUGCUGUUGAUGUUUUAAAGGACGGAUCGACGUAUCGCGGGUACAUCUGCGGCAUUGAAAAUGGUCAGUAUGUGGUACGACUCGGGUCGCAGGAACAAGCGCAGAUGGUACCCAUGGAUAAACUGCGCCUACCAGAUUGUGGCGAUUGGGAUGCAUUUAACCGGGAUACAUUUAAGGAGGAGAUCGACAUUCUGAUUAGUACGGAUGAGAAUCAGCCCGAAUCGUGGCAACCAGCACAUCUUGUCAACGGCGUGUAUAGCGGAGAUUACUUCUUUAUAACUGCCGACGUUUAUUUGCCGGGUAAUCGCGUCAAGCGCUGUUGCGUGCUUGAUGGUAAUUGUGCUGGUUUUAAGCGUAUUCGUCGCCGUGCAAACGUCGGGUCGUGUGUCACAUCGUUGACAUUUAAUUAUGUCAAAAUCCCCAUUGCACCUUUAAGCUUGCGUUCGUCCAGUAUCGUUAGCACACUGGAGGCCGUACAAAAGAUGCCCUUAUUUUCCGGAGUGUUCUAUUAUGGCAAUUGUAGAUCAAUUAUGUUCCUCGGUGUCGUGGAUAACUGCAUUGCUGUAUUAGUCAAAGAACAGUACAAAAACCACAUCACAAGUGAUGAAAUCCUCAACAUUUUUGAAGAGACUGUUGAUCGGUUUGGAAAAAUACUUGCCAAGACUCCAGAAGUGGUGGUUCCUUGCAUUUUGGAAAAUAUGCUGUCCAUUGUUGUCUGCCAGCAAGACUUUUACUACAGGAACGAAUUCCGUUUGGGAGAAGUUUGCAUGGAGCUUCAUCUGAUUGUAUUUUCUUAUUUGAAUAUUUAUGACCAACAUCAACUUCGCAGGACGUGCCAUUGGUUCGAUCAACUGCUGUCCUUGAAUGUGCUUCGGCAGUGCAUAAUACUGCCUCGUCAACAUGAAUAUGUCACUGAACGUCUGGGGUUCAUUGGCCGUUAUGCCACCACCUGCUCGAAAAAAUUCAUACUUGCGGAAAUCGUUGCAAAUGUCGUAACCAGUGACGCCAGGCUAGUUUAUCUGACAGGUGACUGGGAGGAGCUUCUGAAAAUCUUCGUGAAUGUUAUAAAGGUCAUAUCCGUGAAAUUACGGUGGUUGGUUAUUGCGGACAAUUCCGUGUUGAUGUUCAACGAUUUUCUGGUAUUUCCGAAACCGUUUCCGAUGUUGCGCACACAGGACUUUGUACAUACACAAAUCAAUUUUUUGCCCAUGUCUCAUUAUCCCGAUUAUGCUCACAGUUGCCAGCGCCUAGUUUUAAAGAACUGCUGCUUCAGUAGCAAAAUAUCGAUGUGUUUCACCGGAAUGGCAGUAGAGGGCAACUAUGCUCAUCGUCCUGAAUCACGCAGUCACCUGGGAUGUUGCUACGAUCCAUUUUGUAUCAGAAUUCCAUGCUGGCAGUAUCAUUUCGAAGAUCUAGAUAACUGCAAAUUUGCUGCAGCUUUUCGGUUAACGCUGGCAGAAUUUUGUCCAGUACUGGAGCGUAGUAAGGCGGAAAUUCUGAUCUCCUGGAUAGAUUCCCUCACAGAAAAAGAUUUAGAAGUAAAGCAGUGUAUUUCGCCGUAUCUGGAACUGUCUUAUGAGCUAUGGGACGAAGAACCACCAAGCAGCUUGGAUGAUGUGAUAUUGAAUAUAUCCAACAGGAUUUCCACCGGAAGUUUGGUUAUGCAGACCCUUGCUUUGCUACUGCCGUGUAGUCCAGGCGACUCUACAAAGUAGCAGCUUUGUUGACGCGGCCGAACCAAUCGCUUGACGGACUUCUGCCGGCCGGUGGAAGCAAUAUAUGCAUGUAAUGUAUGUCAACUGAAGGGGCGGAGCACCAGUGAAACUGAUGAAAUGAACCGGUUCAAUUCGUUAGUUUGAGCGUCGAAUUACUCUAGCAGGGGCGUUUCUAUCAAUUUCAGUGUAUUCCACUUGCUUAAUUACGGUAAGGCAUUAACUAAUAACUACUUAAUUAAUUAAGUGUUUACUUAUCAGCCAGUUUAAUUAGCAAUUGCUCGAAUUUUGUUCCCGAUGAAGACGAAACAUUUGGCACUUGCCACUGGGUAUGAUGCCGCAAGUGCUCUGUUAAAGGAGACCAGCAAGGAGAAGUUUAUCAGAACGCGCGCUUUUUUAAUCUUUGCGUUUGAUGCUAAUGGGGCAGUGCUAAAAGGCACGGUCCCUUCACAUGCCAGCUGGCACCAAUUUCUCAUUUGAAUAUAUUUUUUGAAUGUUAUUCGCCCCUACAAAUAAUAUGAAUAAAUCUAUGCAUUCUUAUUGGUGUAAUUCGUGGUUUCUAGUAAAUGCAGCAGUAAAUUCAGCCAGAGCUUGCCAUCUAAGUACCGUAUUACAUACUGCCAUCUAGUAUGUUUCUAAUACGACUGUUCUUUUCUGUUUUUUU